AUGGCAUCAGACGGCCAUGUUUACGCCCCCGACUCGCCCGCCCUCCACCAGGACCACAAGCCCUCGUCGGGCCUGAUCUCCUUCCUGCACCGCCGUCGAGCCUCGAGCGGGAGGUUUCUGCCCUCGUCGCCCCUCCCGAGCCUGCAGGACGGCGCCAUGGCCGUCGGCCACUUUGCUAAGAACAAUCCGGGCGCCCUCGGCGAGCUCCAGCACAACCGCCAGGAGUCGGCCCCGAGGUCGCCUCCGAAAUCGCUGCGUCACAGCCGCGAAGCUGCCACGACAACCUACACAUGGGGCAACGUCUCCCUCAAGCCCGUCGCCGACAGGAACUCGCCCACCACGUCGCCCUCGAAGCCGAAGAAGAAAAAGUCGGGCACCAACCUCGUCGGCCUGCUCUCGCGCCCCAAGUCGCUCAAGAACCUCUACAAGCUCUCCACCGACGACGAGCUCCGGGCGUCGAGAGACAAAGAAAACAGGCAGCCCGACGAGCCCGUCAGCGCACCGGCCGCCCCGCCCCCCAUCUUUGCCCAGUACACGUGCGACCCGGAAGCUCGCCGGCAGAGAGAGCGGUGCUCGGUCGACAGCGCGAACCCGCCCCCCGCCAAGGACAGGCCCAAGUCGCUGCACGCCGCCAGGGUAUACUCGGACCCCAAGGCUGCCGCCGGCUCCCGCAAGGCCUCGAGCACGGAGAAGCCCAUGGGCCGCAUGCAGAGGGGCCGUGUCUUCGAUGCCUUCAGCGCCCUUACCCACGCCGGCCGGUCCAAGUCUGCCGCGUCGAGCCCGACGGUGGAAUACCCCGAGCACAUCCUCCGUCCGCACGACAUCGAGCAGCAACUCGAAGACCUGCUGGACCGCCGAAACAUACCCGAGAACCAGCGCUACAAGAUGCGGAACCUCAACGACACCAUCAAGAUGGAGUUUAUCCGCCAGGACUGGGCCGAGAUGCAGGCGGCUCGGAUGGACCGAUCCGUCACGGCCGAGAGCAGCCGCAGCCCCGAACACGUCGCCUCCACGACGCCCGCCGGCUCCGACUGUGACGACGAUAAGCCCAAGCGGACCCGAGGUCGCAGCUUCACCUUUUCGCGCGGCAAGAAGGAAUCCAGGUCGCCCUCCAAGAAGCCCAAGGGGGAGGGCUCCGUGGGCCGCCACCUCAGGAGCAAGUCCAUUGACAGCGUGGCCCCCGAGCGGCCCUCGUCGUCGGGCCACUCGACCGGCUCCACCCUGCUGUCCAAGAUCAAGCUCCAGCAAGGCCCCGGCGACUAUGUCGCGUACCUCCGCAAGGUGCAGAAGCCCGAGCUCGUCGAGGUGGGCAAGCUGCACAAGCUGCGCCUGCUGCUCCGCAACGAGACGGUCACCUGGAUCGAGGACUUUAUCCAGCAGGGCGGCAUGAAGGAGAUUGUCGGGCUGCUGAACCGCAUCAUGGAAGUUGAGUGGAGGGAGGAACACGAAGAUGCCCUGCUCCACGAGAAUCUGCUGUGCCUCAAGGCGCUCUCCACCACGGCCCGCGCCAUGGAAUACCUCCACUCGGUCCAGGCGGACCUCUUCCGCAGGCUGCUGCACCUGCUCUUCGACCCCGACAAGAAGGGCCCGAGCGAGUUUACCACGCGAAACAUCAUCACGUCGGUGCUGCUCACCUACAUCGAGUCGGCCGCGCCGGCAGACCGCGUGGCCCGGGCAAAGAUUGUCCUGGCCCAUCUCCGUGACCAGGAGCCCAAAGAAGAAGAGCGUCCGCUGCCCUUUGUCCUCGAGAUGAGACAGCAGCGUCCGUACCGCGUUUGGUGCAAGGAGGUCGUCAGUGUGACUAAGGAGGUUUUCUGGAUCUUCCUCCACAACCUCAACGUCGUGGCUCUCCCGUCCGACAAGGAUGCCAAGACGGCCGCAGCCGGUGCCACAUCCGACGACGUGGCGUCCCAGGCUCCCUACGCCUACAUGCUCCGGCAUUUCCCGCCCGAGCGGCCGCCGGUGCCCGCUGCCCCCUAUGUCGGCGGCGUGGAGUGGGACGCGACCAACUACUUGGCGUCUCACCUCGAUGUCAUGAACGCCAUCCUUGCAUGCACGCCGACGCCCGACGAGCGCAACGCCCUGCGGUCCGAGUUCCGCAUCUCGGGCUGGGAGCGCUGUCUCGGGGGCAGCCUACGCCUCUGCAAGGAGAAGUUUUACGGCUCCGUGCACACGGCGCUGCGGACGUGGGUCGCCGCUGCCGCCGAGGACGGGUGGGAUGUCAGGGAUGUCCGGUUCGGCCCGUCGCCCGAGACGCGCAAGUCGCCCUGCAAGGCCGGCGGCGGUGGCGAUGCCAAGGUCAAGAUGGACGAAGCCCCCAAGCUCGACAUGCCCAAGCUCGACUUUGAGCCGGGCCGGCCACGAGUGGCCGACGACGCCUGGCUGUGA